AUGAAUCAUAUUUCAGAUGUUGGUGCAGUAAUAAAUGCUGCAAGUGAUGCUCCAGUUCCAGUAAAUAUAGAUACAACUUGGGUUUUAAUAACAUCUUUCAGUGGUUUAUUAACAAUUUUGGAAUUUGCAUUUAUAAGUUCAGGUGCAGUUCGUUAUAAAUCAGUGCAAUCAUCUGUAAUAACAGUUUUAUUAGGAUCAGUUCUAACAAUUUUGUUUUUCUGGCUUGUAAUAAAAUAUAAUAAUAAUUAGGUUGGAUAUGGUUUUGCUUUUGGAGAUGACAAGAAUAACAAAUUCAUCGGUUUUAGUAAAUUUGCAGGAGUAGGUUACAUAAUUGGAUCUACAAGAGACGAUUAUUCAAAUUUAAGUAUUAAAAAUGGUUAUAAUAAUUAUAGUAUAUUCGAUAGUUGGAGCAGUUAUAGUUUCAUCUCUAUUUGGAUUAGGAACUUUAGAAAGAUCUCGAUUCUUUUCUGUUAGUAUAUGUAUAGCAUUCAUCACAGCAAUAUUAUAUCCAAUAGUAUUACAUUGGGUUUAACCAACAGGAUGGUUAUAUAAAUUUGGAUUUAAGGAUUAUGCAGGAUCAAGUUAUAUACAUAUGUUUGGAGGUAUUACUGCAUUAGUUGUUUCAUUCUUUUUAAAAGAAAGAAGAGAUGAAGGUGGAAAUGUUCAUUCGGGCAUUUUCCCUCAUCAUUCUCCAAUUAACAUUGGAUAUGGAUCUAUCAUCUUAUCGCUUGCUAUUUUAUUAUUCGUUAAUGGUACUAAUACUAAAGGAAAAAAUGCUAAAUAUGAAUAAGGAUUGAUAGCAGUUAAUACUAUUGUUGCAGCUACUUUCUCAGCACUUACUAGUUUUAUAACAUAAUAUUUGAAAACUUAUAAAACUAGUUUAAUUGCACUCUCUAGAGGUAGUGUUGCGGGAAUUGUUGCAAUCUCUGCUAUAGCUAAUAAUGUUUGAAUCUGG